AUGGGUGAAGACGUGAAGAUCGUGAACGACAAUCCCGACUCGCCCUCCGCUCCGGUGAAAACCGCGUCCUACCAACGAGAACUUCGGGCGCAGGAGCGGCUGGGGCGGGUCCAGGGCCGGCUGACAGAUCUGACGUACGCCGACCUCACCCGCACCCGCGGCGGGGCGGUCGAUUUUAUCCGGCCCAACACCCUCAAAUCCAUUUGUGGGUCGAUCUCGCAGUUCGACGGGCGGGCGGGUCCGAUGCGGGCGCUUCUUCCGCCUUUGACCAGCGAUUGUUGUCAGACCUUCUCGACGCUGUCAGCGGUGCUGCUGUCCUCCCUGGGGACUGGUGUGAUGUUGACCGAGUGCUGUACGACGUCGACGGUGAAUUAUCUUUUGUAUAUCUCCGCCUGGAUGCACCAGCUGACUUCCACGAGUUGGCCGCAAAAAGGCCUGCGGCCGACUUUGGGGGAUUUGAACACUUCCCUUUAUCUGCGAAAUUUCUUCCCUGCGACCAUCUGCGAUGGGGCAUUCGAGGUCGUUUUCUACAACCAGCCGCACAAGGCCAUGACGCUGCUCCGUCAGAUGUGCACUGUGGGAACGGACAGAAAACGGCAAUUAGGGGAAAAUCGCGCGACUGCGGUUUCCGGCUACGUGAUUGUUUCGGGCGAUUAUACCAUCUCGAUUUUUUCCAUCCUUCAUGAUGGUUCAUCGUCUUUAAAAUCGCGUUAUGCAAAGGCGUGGAGCUUUUAUAUUUGCGAUUCCCACGGAACACAGCCAUGGUCACUUCAAAAGGCGAGCAUUUGUGGCCUCACCUUUGGGAUUCCCUCCGCGGAAGCCUCGACCUCCGUAUCUUCUUCGUCUGGAAGCGUCCCCGAGGAUUCUAUUAGCAUGGAGGAUGGUCUUCACUACUUCUCGACGAUGUUGUUUGUUUUGUUAGAGCAGCAUCGCCAGCAAGGCGUUUUGAGUCAAGCUCAGGUGCCCUAUAUGACGUGGACGCCAAUUCGGCGAAGGCGCCUCCUCGCCUACACGGCGGACGAAAUUAAAGCGAUUAUUGAUAAUCUCUGGAUUCCAAAGGUUAUCUCUGCCGAGGCAGUCAAAAGGGAGGCGAGACGAUAUAGCUUUAAUCCACUGGAGUGCUUUUGGGAGAUCUCAUCGAAACCUUUUAUCAAAGAUGACAACACUUCAACCUUGUGA